AUGCCCCCAAACUCCAAGAGUAAGAGAAGAAAGAACAAAUCCAAGCAACACAACAAGAAAAAUGGCAACUCUGAUCCUGAACAAAGUAUAAAUCCUACACAGCUAGUACCUCGAAUGGAGCCAGAGUUGUAUCAUACAGAAUCGGAUUACCCAACUUCAAGAGUAAUAAAAAGAGCGCCCAAUGGCGAUGUCAUCGUGGAACCAAUAAAUACAGACGAUGAUAAGAAAGAACGUACGGCGAACUUGACUCAUAAUAAGGAUAGUAUGGAUUCUGCUUCUUCCUUAGCUUUUACUCUAGAUUCUCACUGGGAAUCAUUAUCGCCAGAAGAAAAGAAAACUAUUCUACGAAUCGAAAAGGAGGAAGUAUUUAAUGUCAUAAGGAAUUACCAGGACGAUCAUAGUUGUAGUUGCUCUGUUUGUGGACGCCGCCAUUUAGCAAUGGAUCAAGAAAUGGAGCGUAUAUACAAUACACUUUAUGCCAUGGAUAAGGAUAAAGACCCUGAAACCAAUCCUAUCAAAUUCCACUUAGGCAUAAUAAAGGAGCUACAGAUUUCCAAAAAUCAACAGCAAAAUGAUUUAUCUUCUACAAAGGGCGAAGUUGUAAAAAAUUUCCUUUCGUCAAGUACAGUUGGCUCUUUGAAAGAGGAAGUGCUGCAUUUCAAACAAAAGCAACUUUCAAAACAAGAACAAGCGCAUAAUGAAACGGCGGAUAAUACCUCAUUACUUGAAGAAAAUUUGAACAAUAUACACAUCAACAAAACUUCUAGUGAAAUUUCCGCAAAUUUCAAUUCUGUGAGCGAUGAAGAGUUGCAACAAAAAUAUUCCAACUUCACAAAAACGUUUAUUUCAUCACAUCCCAAAAUAGCAGAGGAGUAUGUACAAAAAAUGAUGAUGUAUCCGAAUAUUAGAGCACUGACUGAUGACUUAAUGAAUAGUAACGGGCAAGGAUUUCUUAAUGCAAUCGAAGACUUUGUGCGAGAUGGCCAGAUACAAGCAUCGAAAAAAGACGACAGCAUCACUGAAGAUGAAGCAUCUAGUACAGAUUUGACUGAUCCAAAGGAGUUUACCACAAUGCUGCAUAGUGGAAAACCACUUACAGAAGAUGAGUAUGCCGACCUCCAGCGCAACAUUGCUGAAAGGAUGACUAAUGCGUACGAUACCGCAAGUAAGAAAUUCAAAGAUGUGUCACAAUUAGAGAAGGAGCUAUUUACACGAUUCAUGUCGGGGAGAGACAAAAAAUCUUUCAGAGAGUUGAUAAUUCAAUCCUUUAAAAAUAAAUUUGAUGGGGAAUUAGGUCCAUCCGUUCUAGCAGCCACUUUAAGCUCGUGCUUUUCAUCUCAAUCGAAGGAUACUUCGUUAGAUACUGAUUCUAUAUAUGAAGAUGAAGAUGAGGAAGACUAUGAUGACUAUUCAGAAUAUGCUGAAGAUAGCGAAGAGGUUUCUGAGUAUGAAGGAAUAGAGGCAGUCGAAAAACCAGAGCAUGAUGAAAAAAGCAACGGGAUACGUGAAACAUUACAUUUAAGUUAUGACCACGAUCAUAAACGACAGAACCACCCUCACCAUCACUACCAUAGUACCAGUACCCACAGCGAAGAUGAACUGAGUGAAGAAGAGUAUAUUUCCGAUAUAGAAUUACCGCAUGAUCCUCAUAAGCACUUUCACCGCGAUGAUGAUAUAUUAGAUGGGGAUGAAGAUGAGCCAGAGGAAGAGGAUGAAAAUGAAGGCGAUGACGAAGAAGAUACUUAUGACAGCGGUCUUGAUGAAACUGACCGUUUAGAAGAAGGUCGGAAAUUGAUUCAGAUAGCCAUUACAAAGUUGCUUCAAAGUCGAAUAAUGGCUUCUUAUCAUGAGAAACAGGCAGAUAAUAACAGACUAAAACUUCUACAAGAACUAGAAGAAGAAAAAAGAAAGAAAAGAGAGAAGGAAGAAAAAAAGCAGAAAAAAAGAGAAAAAGAGAAAGAAAAGAAGAGGCUGCAACAGUUAGCUAAAGAGGAAGAAAAACGAAAAAGGGAAGAAGAGAAAGAAAGGCUAAAGAAGGAAUUAGAAGAGCGUGAAAUGAGAAGACGAGAGGCUCAAAGGAAAAAGGUUGAAGAAGCCAAACGGAAGAAAGACGAGGAGAGAAAGCGUAGAUUGGAAGAGCAGCAGCGGAGAGAAGAAAUGCAAGAAAAACAACGGAAACAGAAAGAGGAACUAAAACGCAAGAGGGAAGAAGAAAAGAAACGUAUUAGAGAACAGAAAAGGCUAGAACAAGAAAAGCUACAGAAAGAAAAAGAAGAAGAAGAGAGACAAAGAUUAAUUGCAGAGGAUGCGCUAAGAAAACAGAAAUUAAACGAAGAACAAACAUCUGCGAACAUACUUUCCGCCAAACCUUUUACUGAGAAUGGAGUUGGCAACCCUGUUUCAUCUCAAUCACAUCCCAACAUGACUAACUACCAAGAGGAUAAUAGUUGCAGUAUCAACGAUGAAAUACUUAAAAUGGUUAAUAGCGUGGCUGCAUCCAAACCAGUUUCACCCACAGGCUUUAACGUUCAUGAUCUACUUCUUCCUUCAACUAACAACCAGAUGCCUGCUAUGGAACAAUCACACUUGCCACAGCCAGGUAAUCAAAACAACCAUUUUGGAACUACAACUAUUCCGAAUGCGUUAGACUUGGCUACAAAAUCUUCUUUACAGACUGAAAACAACUAUUUAAUGAACUCACAAACUCUGGAAAAUACAAGUCUAUUGAUGCAUAAUAAUUCAUCGCCAACUAAGCUAUUGCCAAAUGACUUUGGUUUAUCAUCUUGGGGUGGUCUGACAAAUACAAUGUCCAUAAAUCCUACAUGUAAACCACCGGUUAUUCAAACUUCAGAAAUGGAAUCACAAGCCCAUAAAUCUAGUCCUCAAGCUACAAUGCCAUCUUUUGGACUACCUAAUGGUGGUACUCACCGUAAAUCGUUUACCGACGAGUUGAACACUUUAACUAGCAUGCUUUCUUCUUCCGGGUUCGCAGAUACAUCACUUUCAUCAUCAGGAUUCCCCCCAUCACAGCGUUCUGUGUGGAAUGAUCAAAAAAGCUCAUUUUCGGGACCGUCGACUGCAGGAAACUUUAACAACAGCAGUAUACAAAGCGGUAUGCUGCUCGCACCUACAUUAGGAAGCGUUGAAUCGUUUCCAAAUCGAACUUCUAUCUGGGACAGCAGCACCACUCCGAUGAUGAAUAAAUCCGAGCUUUCCGGUCGCAAUAUAACUAGUACUGCGCAAGAUAGCCCUGCGUUCAUGGCAUCAAAUAUCUGGUCUAGUAACAGUCAAUACAAUUCACCAUAUUUGACUAGCAACGUCCUUCAAUCCCCUCAAAUUUCGAGUGGAGUGGAUGAAAGCCACAUUCUGGAUAGCAUCUACAAUACUUAUUUAGCUAUUUCCCCACAAGAUAGUUUAAACCCCUACAUUGCUAUCGGGACACUAUUCCAAAAUUUAGUAGGACUUAACUUGGAUUACUCGACGUUUAUCAACAAAUUGAUAAGCAUGCAAGGAGCCUACAAUUGCGAAUUCUUUACUGAUAACAAUGGAUCCAUUACCCACGUUCGAUUUGCGAGACAAACUCCCGCUGGCCACUCAAAGGGGUUGCUGAAUCAACUCUUUAGUGGAUUGAACGAUCCAACUGCUACACCAUUUACGUCAAGGCCUCAUACCUCCACAAGGGCUAGUUUUCCAAUUGCCUCUUCAACUACGCAAACGUCUUAA